AUGGGACAUGGUAGGAUGGAGCCUGUACAUUAUGUGUUCUCAGCUCGAGGAAACGAGAAAGACUUCCCCAGCAUUCCCCACCAGUUCACUAUGGACAACAAUACUGAUACUAACGAUACAUUUGAAGCCACUACUGCUAUUGAACUACUAUUGCCAGCAUCUCAAGAAAUACGUUAUCUGAUGGCAUUCACGUACCUGAUACUGUCGAUAAUUGGCGUUAUUCCAAAUAUAAUUCUUGCUGUGACGUUGAUCAGGAUCGGCACGAUGCCAAAACAGAAAGUGUUCGUCUUGCUGGCGGAACAGAUUCUCAUCAGCGACUUCUGUCAGCUAUCUUCACAACUGAUAGUUGCAUUUCCACUGUCCCUCUUUGGCAAAAAUAUCUACGAGGGGACCCCUGCUAUAUGGGUCUACAACGUGAUAAAUUUCCUCGACACCGUUGGAUAUAAUGGUGUUCUUGACUUCACUUUUUUGAUGGCCGUCAAUCGUUUGACCGUCUUUCUAAUGCCCGGCGUCCAUCAUUUUCUCUUCGAUCCCGACCACAUCAAAAGGACAAUCAUCUUUGUCUGGAGUUUCCUGCUUAUGCAGAUUACAGUCGAGUACUGUAUGAGAUGUCAUAAACAGUUCACCUACGACGAAUUCUACUUCUACUUUUUAUGCGUGGAUCCGAGUGCGCUCUAUGUUGUCAUAUGGCUUGGUACGAUGCGAUAUCAAAGCUACUCGUUCCCCAUUAUAAUGUUCGUCACCUAUAUAGUGCUCUUCUGUUAUAUAAAAAUGAAGUUACAAAAUACAGGAGGUGGAAAACCUAAGAAUUCCUCUCAACGUCAACGGAAGUACGAAAUCAAUCUAGUCCUGCAGGCUGUCAUCAUCUCAUUCUUCCUCGAGCUUCAAACGUUAUCAUUCACAGUGCUGCCGAUGAUUGGCACCGGAAACAACCGAUUCUACUCAAGUCUUGGGCAAAACGUUAUAAGCAUCAUGAACAACUCAUCAAACCCCUAUGUUUAUUUCUUCUUUAAUAGCCAGAUUCGAGCAGGAAUGGUGGCUUUAGUGCAAUGUCAGUCGCCUAAACAGAAAGCUCAGGCCGCUGUCACCACUAUUUCAACCGUGAAAGGGUGA